AUGCAAAAGAGGACUAGAAAAGAUACAAAUGAGCAAGGGGAGUUACAAACCAAGAAUCUAGAGCAAGAUGAGGCUUCAACAGAAACUAAAAAGUCUUCCAAAGCUACAGAAUUGAACACAAAAGAUUCUGAUAAGGUAAGUAAAGAAGUUCAAAAUUCAUUUAACUCAGGUGUCCCUGUUCCUUUUCCUCGUAGGUUUAUGAAGUCUAAGAAAGAGCAAACUAAUAAGGCAAUUUUGGAUACUUUCCGAAAAGUCCAAGUGAACUUACCUCUUUUAGAUGCCAUAAAACAAGUGCCCAAGUAUGCAAAGUUCCUUAAAGAGCUUUGUACGAACAAGAGGAGAUUCAAUGAUCAAGAAAAUAUGGCAUUAAGCGAGGAAGUGUCAGCUGUUUUACAGAGGAAGCUGCCACUGAAGUUGAAAGAUGCCGAUAGCUUUACCAUUCCAUGUGUAAUCGAAGGGAAAGAGUUUGGGAGAACAUUGUGUGAUUUUGGUGCAUCCAUCAAUUUGAUGCCAUAUUCAGUGUAUGAAUCAUUGAAAAUUGGAUACUUGAAGGAAACAAAUGUAGUAAUCCAGUUGGUAGAUCGUUCAAAUAGAUAUCCCACAGACCUAUUGGAGGAUGUACUUGUGCAAGUGAAUGAGCUCAUUUUUCCUGCUGACUUUUUUGUUCUUGAGAUGGAACAAGACCCUAUGCCUACUACACUUCCUCUUAUAUUGGGAAGAUCAUUCCUUAGAACGGCACGUAUGAAGAUUGAUGUCUACGAUGGUACCUUAACCAUGAAAAUUGGUGGAGAAAACGUCAAGUUCAAAAUCUUCAAUGUUAUGAGGUACCCUAGUGAUUUUGAAUAUUGUUUGUCUAUUGAUGUGUUUGACAAUUUUGUGCAGGAUUGUUUUAAUGAAGGUGUGGGACAAGAUAAUUUAGAGAAGGCGUUAGUGCAUAGCAUUACACAUGGACAUCUUAAUUAUUCCGAGCAUAGUGAAGAAGAAUUAAUCCAGACAGUGGCAGCCCUUGAGUCUCUUUCACCAGUCCGUGGUAAGUCUUCUUCCUAUUUUAUUUCUCUUCCUACUUCUAACGAAAAAACUCCUCAUUCUAUGAUUCAGGCACCCAAAUUGGAGCUUAAACCGAUUCCUGAACAAUUGAAGUAUGCAUUUUUGGGAGAGGAUGAAACAUUACCAGUCAUCAUAUCAUCACAACUCACAGUAGAAAGAGGGAGAAACUAA